AUGUAAAAAGGAAGUGAUUAAAAAGUAGAACCAUAGUAGCAAAGUUAGCUACAGUAAUCAAAAGAGAUAGUAUAAGAAUAAAGCUGUUAAAAAAGCGAUCCUUUACUUAGAAUAAUUUUUGUAUAUCUUAUAAUAGGAUUUAUUAUAUGCCUUGUUGUAGCUAUUAUUGUAGGGUAUUACUAUUUAUGUUCUCUUUUUUUACCAGCAUAUGCCUCAACCAUAAUAUUAAUUGCAAUAAUCUUAUUUCUACUGCGUAAAGCUACCUACUAUAUUCUUUUUCCAGGUCAGUUUUGUUAUCACCGUACUUCUUUAGAAGAAAAAUUUUGCUACACUAGAAUUCGUCCUAUUGUUUAUCGAUUGGAUCUCAUUUAAAUCCUUUUAAAAUGCCUAAAAAAAGAAGAACCAAUAAAUAAAUUAUUACAUCUAACUUAGCCAGAUCUUAAAUAAGCUAAGUUACAUAUUGAUUAAGCGUUUCAGGCUUUAAUUAAAUUAGAAUAAAGUCAAAAGCUAACUGAUUUGUAAAUAGAGAUCAAGAGAUUAUUUGAUUCAUUUUUGAAAGGACUAGACAGCGCCACUGUUUAGGAUGAAACGUUUACAUUUUCUAUUUAGAACAUAAUAUGUAAUCAAAAAGAUCUAGAUACUAUAAAAUCAUCAUAUGAAACUUUGAAGAUUGAAGAUAGUUAAAAAUUUAAUGAUUUUUGUUUGAUUACAAACUAAACAAAGACCUUAUUAGAGUAAAUAGAAAAUCAGGAUAGCAAACUGAAAAGGAAAUAUAAAAACUAAACAGAAAAGGCAUUAGGUUCUAUAGAAUUUGCAUUAGCUGAAUUUUCGGUUCAAAACAAUAUAAAAAGAUUUUAAAUAAAGGGACAAGACAAUAAUGUUAUUCAUGGCUUAAUAGUUUAUAGUAAGAAACAUUACGAAAAAAUGAUGAAUCAUUCAGAUUAAGUUUUAGAUUAAGACAGUUAAUCACCAACAUUAAUUUUUUGCAAUGGAAAUGCUGGGUUGUAUGAGUUUAACUAUUUUAUAGAUGAUUGGACUCAAUAAGUUGUUCAAGAUUAUGAAAUAAAUGUUGUUUUUUGGAGUUACAGAGGAUAUGGCUAUUCUACAGGAUCUCCAUCGAUUUAAAAUGUUUGCAAAGAUGUUGAGUCAGUUUACGAUUAUGUAAAAGAUAUUCAAAAAUUAUCAAAGAUAGGAGUUUUUGGAACUAGCUUAGGGGGAUUAGUAGCUGCUCAUUUAGGAGCUCACAGAAAAAUUGAUUUUUUAUAUGUGGAUAGAUCAUUCUCUUGUAUAUCUGAUAUUGCUUAUUUUACUAUGUUUAGAGUUUUUAAAUUUGUUGUCAGAUUCCUAACAAAUUACGACUUAUGGUCUCCUUUUAAUUAUGUAAACGCUAAUUGCUAUAAGGUGCUAUCUUACGAUCCAAACGAUGAGGCAAUUGGCUAUAUGUCCUCGAUGAUGAAUGGAGUAUCUAAAUCGAUUGCAUAAAAUGUUUUUCUAGCUUAAAAUAAGAUUUCUUAUUAUUAAUAAAAUGAUUACAGCAUGAUAAAAAAUUUUAAAGGAUUCUGGAAUAGAACUUGUACAUCAAAUAAUAUUUUAGAUUAUUCAACAAAUUUAUUAAUUCCUUUGUAAAUGCAAAAAAAACUUUUCAAAACAUUAUUGCAUAUUUUGCUAGGAAUUAAAAAAGUUAUAACGAAAUCAAAUUAGCAAUUGAAAAUUUAACAGUAACAAAACGACCAAGAAAAACUCUAUUCCCUUAAAAAUUUAAACUAGAAUAAAAAAAAUAAAGUUUCGACCUGUGAUAUAUAAUAUGAUAUAGACGAAUCAUAUGUAUUAAAUGACACUUAAUUAAUAAGUAAUGGAGACUUCAUUCUAGAAAACAUGGAUUCAAAUUAGCAUACUUUCAUAAAUCAAUCUAUUUCUAUGCUAAAAAAGCUAGAUUCUUAAGAUAUUAAAAUAAUUGUAGAUUAAUGCAGUCCUUCACGAAUUGAAACUUCUCAUCCUUAAUAAACACAUAACAACACAACAUCUACUUAAAAAUAAUAUGAGAUCAACAUAGAAGUAAUUAAGUAUAAUUAUACAUUGCCAAAUAAUGAAUUAGAACUAGAAUAAAUAAAAUAAUCUGUAAGAGGCAUAUACACGCUUCUUGAUUAAUAUGAUUCGAGCGGACUAACGCUUCUUGAUUGCCUACACUCAGGCAACUUCCUUAAAUUCUAAACUUUUAUUUUAAAUUUAUUCAUUUGGGGAUCAUAUCCUCCAGUGAGUCUUACUGUAGCUGAAAACCCGUCAAUAAUGGAUCACCAUAGAUAUGUAAAAGCAAAAACAUCACAGCUUAUAAAUAAGAUAAUUUAAUUAAUAAAUGCAAUAAAUUUAUAGCAGAACUAAACAAAUUUUGAAAAAUGCUUACAACAGGAUCUUUAAGUGCUAAAAACAGGAUUUGAAGCUAUCUUUUAGAGCUUAAAAAGCUCAAGUUAAUUUUUUAAUGCUAAGGAUAAUUACAAGUCCCCUAAUAGUGACGCUAAAAGUAAUAAUGCAACUAUUGAUGCUAUUGUAUUAAAUAGUGGUAUUUAUUAAAGAAAUUUUGAAUAAGAAAAACUUAAUUAAGCAGAAGAAAGGUUCCUAUAACAAAAAAUAUAAACUCUAGUAGGAAAUUUGCUAGUGGUUUAAUGUGGACAUGUAGAUCCUUAUUCUAAAAUUGAAGAACUUGCUUUAAGAAAUCAUUUUAGAAAUGCAGGAUUUCUAUGA